AUGGCUAACCUCAGCUACGAUUCCUCCUCUUCCUCCACUCCUCACCCCUCUGAUUUUCCAUCAGAUCAAGCAGAGCUCCUACGAGAUCUUGCCUUCCAUGGCUACGGCGAUGCUGGGUCCAAUGGACCUGGACCUGAACACGCAAAUGGUGAAGCUUCUUCUAGCUUGGUUGAGUAUAUGGCAUCUCUCAAUGCUUACGCCACUGCAGGCCACUCGAACGGCUUUGAAAACAUGGAAGACUCAAUCGCGUUACUUGAGAGCCUUGCAAAUUUUGAUCAAGGAUCGUCGAAUGUUGACCAUUUGACCCCACCCGUUUCGAACGAUCACUUUGCGAGUCUUUUACAAGCUGCUGCAACUGCUGGAGGCCAGGAGGCAGCGCGGCAAGACAGUAACCAAAGGCCAAAAUCACCGAAGGACGAUGCCUCUACCUUCUUUAAACGAACAUUUCCUCCGCCUACGCAGACCACCGGGAAGCGUAAGCGGGCUGAAGCUCAGCCUUCUCGAACGCUUGGUUUUCUCCUACCCACUAAGCGGCAAAAAACUCUAGAACGUGAGGCUACCGAGCGGGAAUUGGAAAACGAGCGCGAUAUAUGGGGCCCUGACGAUAUUGGCGACGAGGAUGAUGAUGAAGAUGAAGAUGAGUCAACGGCGCCCAGAUAUGAACGUCCAGCAUCUGCUACGGCAGAUGCCAGGGCGUUGGGGGUUCAUUCUGCAGCUGCGCUAUUCCGACGGCCAUCUGCAGCUUCUAAGAAAUAUACGCGCCCGCCAAUGUCGAAACUAUUUACUUCCCUCCAUAUAGGCCCCGAGCAGUUCCUUCACUUGCAAGCCGCCGCCAAAGCAUAUAUGUUGGACGAGAAGUACCCUGAACGAAGUGAAUGCGUUGGAAGCAAGUCAAAAGGCGAUACGGAUAUGGUUAAACUAAACCUUUUUGGCUGCGUCGAAGCGUUUCUGGAAGAUGAAGGAUGGGGCGAACGCUGCUUCGGACCGAAUUCCGUUGGUGCAAAAGAGAGAAAGUUAAAAUGGCCUCAAAUGAAGAAUAAAAUCAUCUCGCUCGUCACACCCCUUUUACGCCGUAUGGUGACGAAUGAGAGACAACGGCAGUACGCCAUUUCAACCCGGAAAUCCAAGCGCAAAUCUCCGGCAAAGAUCCCAUCCGAAAACCCUCAAUCAAAUGGACAGCCUACUCGGUCUUGUUCCCCAUCUCCGUAUUCCGAUAUCGAUCCAAAGCUCAAUCAAUAUCAUUACAAUCCUGACGCACGAUUCUCGACGGAUGCUACGCAAGCCCAAGCUUCAUCUCAAAAUAGUGUAGAGCCUGAAGGUUUGCCGUCUUCAACAGAUAAAGAGGCCUCCAUCACGUAUCAAAUCAACAUACUAAAGGAUAACCGCCGAAUCAAACCGAAGGUGACUUUGACUCCUGCCACGUGCCCAGGAUUUCCCAGUUUUGUUCAACACAUCUACAACCUGUUAGAUGAUGGGAAGCUGAUUCCGAACACUAUCAAGGCUCUAGGUCCUGAUGGACAAGUUGACGUUGAAGACGAAGAGAGUUGGGUAGAGCUCGUCGAUUUGGUCAAGGGGCAGGAAUGGAUGGAUGGACAGGUCAAGAUUAUCGUGGAGCUCGACGAUGAUGAAUCUUAG